AUGGGGAAGUCGCAGAGUAAGUUAUCACCUGAACAGCUUGCCGACCUCCAGAAGCAUACGUACUUCGAUAAGCGGGAGCUCCAACAAUGGUACAAGGGCUUUCUCAAGGAUUGCCCCUCUGGCCAGCUUGACAAGACCGAGUUUGGUCGUAUAUACAAGCAAUUCUUUCCCUUUGGCGAUCCCGGCGAGUUUGCCGACUAUGUCUUCAAUGUCUUCGAUGAAAACAAGAACGGUACCAUCGAUUUCAAGGAGUUCAUCUGCGCGCUCAGCGUAACAAGCAGGGGUCGCUUGGAUGAAAAGCUCAAAUGGGCAUUCCAACUCUAUGACAUCGAUGGAGAUGGUUUUAUAACAUAUCAAGAAAUGCUCAAAAUCGUCCAGUCAAUCUAUAAGAUGACGGGUCAGAUGGUCAAGUUGCCCGUUGAUGAAGACACACCUGAGAAGCGUGUGGACAAGAUCUUCAGAAAUAUGGAUCGCGACAAAGACGCCAAGCUGACCUACGAAGAAUUUGUUGAAGGAAGUAAACAAGAUCCUACGAUUGUACAGGCAUUAUCAUUAUACGACGGUCUUGUGUAG